AUGGCUGAUGAUUCCAUAAGAUGUUGGGAAGGCUUGGAAAAGAACAAAGAGUACUUUAUUGGCCACAGACUCUGCUUUCUGCUGAGCUUGUCUGGAGCUAUUACUCAGAAGCCGAAAGCUACCUGUCCUCCCUGCCCCCCAAAUGCUUCUUGUGUGAAUGGCACUUACUGUACCUGUGACCCUGGAUAUGUUUCUGAAUCUGGGCAGAAAUUCUUCACCUUCCCCUUGGAAAUAUGCACAGAUAUUAAUGAAUGUAAACCACCCUUUAGUAUAUACUGUGGACCAAAUGGUGAAUGUCAGAAUGUUGAAGGAAGUUUCUACUGCCGCUGUGUCCCUGGAUAUAAGCUUCUUUCUGGGGAUGUAGAAUUCAAAAGUUCCAGUGAGAACACAUGUCAGAAUGUCACGCCUUCAAACAAAGGCAAGAAAGAGCUGCAACAGAUUGUUGACCAAUUUGAGAUGCUUCUCACCAACAAAACUCUAUGGGAAAUGGGAAAGAAGCAAGAAGUCUCAUCCACAGCUACAUCUAUCCUCCAGAAUAUGGAAUCAAAUAUUCUAGCAACUGCUUUGAAAGCCCCGGGGCAAAAAGUCCAGAAGGUCCAAAAUAGUACUAUGGCUAUUGAAACUCGAGUGGUUACAGACAAUUGCUCUGAAGAAAAAAAGACAUUCCACUUGCACACCCAAAUGAACUCAAUGGACAUCCAUUGCAAUGACAUUGUCCAGGGAAACAUACAAGGGCCCAGUGCAGUUGCCUUUGUUUCUUAUUCUUCUCUUGGAAAUAUCAUAAAUGCAUCAUUUUUUGAAGAGAUGGAUGAGAAAGAUCGAAUUUACCUGAACUCCCAGGUGGUGAGUGCUGCUGUUGGACCCAAGAGGAAUGUGUCGCUCUCCAACUUUGUGACUCUGAGUUUCCAGCAUGUGAAGAUGAAUCCUAGGAACAAAAAGUCCUUCUGUGUCUACUGGAAGAGCACAGAGCAGGGCAGCCACUGGUCCAGAGACGGCUGUUUCAUGAUACAUAUGAACAAAAGUCACACCAUAUGCAAUUCCAGUCACCUUUCCAGUUUUGCCGUCCUCAUGGCCUUCACAUACCAGGAAGACGAUUCAGUGCUGACCACCAUCACCUACGUGGGGCUGAGCCUCUCUCUGCUGUGCCUCCUCUUGGCAGCCCUCACCUUCCUCCUGUGCAAGCCCAUCCAGAACACCAGCACCUCCCUGCACCUGCAGCUCUCCAUCUGCCUCUUCCUGGCCCACCUCCUUUUCCUCACAGCAAUUGACCAAACUGAAUCCAAGGUGCUGUGCGCCAUCAUCGCAGGCGCCCUACACUAUCUCUACCUGGCCUCCUUCACCUGGAUGCUGCUGGAGGGCCUGCACCUCUUCCUCACCGCACGGAACCUGACGGUGGUCAACUACUCAAACAUGAACAGACUCAUGAAGUGGCUCAUGUUCCCAGUCGGCUACGGUAUCCCCGCUGUGAUUGUAGCCGUUUCCGUGGCAUCCAGGCCUCACCUUUAUGGAACCCCUGAUCGAUGCUGGCUCCACCUUGAUCAGGGAUUCAUCUGGGGUUUCCUUGGCCCGGUCUGUGCCAUUUUCUGUGUGAAUUUAGUAUUUUUCCUCUCAGUCCUUUGGAUUUUGAAAAGGAAACUUUCAUCCCUCAAUAGUGAAGUGUCAACCAUCCAGAAUACGAGGAUGUUGACACUUAAAGCAACAGCUCAGCUCUUCAUCCUGGGCUGCACAUGGUGUCUGGGCAUCUUUCAGGUGGGUCCAGCUGCCCAGGUGAUGGCCUACUUCUUCACCAUCAUCAAUAGCCUUCAGGGUUUCUUCAUCUUCCUGGUCUACUGCCUCCUCAGUCAGCAGGUCCAAAAACAAUACCACAAGUGGUUUAGAGAGAUCAUGAAAUUAAAAUCUGAGUCUGAGACACAUACGCUUUCCAGCAAGGUCAGCCCUGACUCAAAACCCACUGAGGACAAGUGAAGGAAAAAUUUUAAAACUAGAACGUUCAGCUCCAUAAAGAAAAGUCAUUGUCCGUGGAUCUCACUGGCAGCAUGAAUGAAGAAUGAAGCUGAGGACAAGGGAACUCAUUGUACAUAAUCCCUAGAGGAGAAAUACUUAAUCUUCACUCCCUGAAGUGUUUUUUUGUG